AUGAACUACCAGCAAGAGUUGGACGACGUCGCGGCCCUCGAGGACUUCAACUACGUCGCCAAAUAUGGCGUGCACCCCCCCAAUGCUGGCGACAACGCCGCCGCCGCCGCCGCCAGCAGCGACGACAGCGAUGACGACGGCAACGACGACAACAGCAACGGCAGCAUCGCGCUUCCCACGCUGUCCGAAGACGAGAAUGUCCGCCUGGUCGGCUGCUUUCAGAUCAAGGAGAACCCCAAGGUCUCCGGCGAGUUCGCCGCUUUUGUCGUCACGCUGGUCCAGCUCCUCAAGUGCCCCGACCCCCUGGCCUUUGCCCGCGCCCUCGCCCGCGUCGCCGGCGACAAGCUCCGUUGCGACGAGCACGGCCUGUUCGUGCCGGAAUACCUCCUCUUCCCUGCCGUCCUUGUUGCGCAGGAGGAGCAGGAGUAG